GACUGCCAAAGAGAGCGACCGGGCGCACGGUAGCUACUUGAACGAAAACGGGGGGAAGCUUGCUCAAGAACCGGCUGGUCUGUCGUACGGACUCAACAUGCCACAACACAAAUGUUGAGCGUGGGGUCGGAAACGGCGGUGUUUACCUUGUGAACGGCGUUUUCUAGACGGCCACGCCCCGUAUCCACACACCGGAGACCGUACAAAAAAAAACUGCUGGCGGAGACGAAACAGUGAAGCGGUUUGAAACCCAGCAGGGCGGCUAGCGGUGCUCACAGCGGAGAGAGGAAGCAGGAGUGUCGGCUGUGUUGGGAACCAUGAGAGAGUACAAAGUAGUGGUUCUCGGGUCCGGAGGGGUCGGGAAAUCUGCGUUAACCGUCCAGUUCGUGACGGGAUCCUUCAUAGAGAAAUACGACCCCACGAUAGAGGAUUUCUACAGGAAGGAGAUCGAGGUGGACUCCUCUCCGUCUGUCUUGGAGAUCCUGGACACGGCGGGGACGGAGCAGUUCGCCUCGAUGCGAGACCUGUACAUCAAAAACGGACAGGGCUUCAUCCUGGUCUACAGUCUGGUCAACCAGCAGAGCUUUCAGGACAUCAAACCAAUGAGGGAUCAGAUCAUUCGGGUGAAAAGGUACGAGAGAGUGCCGAUGAUUCUUGUGGGAAACAAAGUGGACCUGGAGGGGGAAAGGGAGGUCUCGUCCGGGGAGGGGAAGGCUCUGGCGGACGAGUGGAACUGCCCGUUCAUGGAAACUUCAGCCAAAAAUAAAAUCUCGGUGGACGAACUGUUUGCAGAAAUAGUCCGACAGAUGAACUAUGCCUCCACACCAAAUGGCGACGACCAGUGCUGCUCGUCUUGUGUCAUUCUUUAAGAAACGGGAACUGCAUAAAGUUUUAUUCCUUGCUCGGUUUUAAGUUUGCAAUGUUUGUUGCAGCAAGUGUGUACUGUAGAGCUCUUCUUCGUGUCUCACCCUGGCCUUGGAGAAAAAUACAGGGAGGAAUGCUGCAGGGGGACGAGUGAAGGAGGAGGGGAGCAACGGAGACAGAGGGAGGGGUUCCACUCUUCAGGAAUUUCUGCACGGUUGGAGUAUCUCCGCUGCUCGAUGUGUGUCUGUCAUUGAUGCCACAAAGUGACAGAGAGUUUCAGCGACACUUCUCUCACCUGUUCCAACCGUACUCACAACUGGAGCUAAACUCCAUGUGGAAAAGUUCUAGACGGCAACACUUAAGAGACACUCAUAAAUGGAUAUUUCUGUAUACGAAGAAGACAGAGAGAGUAUAUUUUGUUAAAUAACUGCACAGUCUGGGGCGGGUAAGGAUUCGGGUGAUGUCUCUGCCUAACCCAUUUUUGGAGAAAUUCUCCGAAACACUCCAAAUCCUAUUAUAUAUUUUUUUUGUCCAAAGUCAGAAGAAAUUGACACCACUUUUUUCUGUUGGUGGAGUUAAACGUGAUGAGUGCCACUUGUUUUUUUUCCUUCAUUGCCUCUUCAGUGUGCGGGAGGACCUUAACUGAAGUGACAUGAGGACGACGACCAGAUCGCCCUUAUGUCAAGUGCCUUUCCGAAACAAUACAGCCGUUAAGAUUUAGUGCCAACCAACACGUUUCUCCGAAAGAACCCUUCGUCACUGCAAUCCAAAAUCAAGUGAACUGUUCUUCUGCAUCGUAGAGGGGGAGGCUGAAAAGAAAUGGUGGUUUCUGUAUGUUUUACGUUGGCCUUUUUCAAGUCCACGGUGUUAAUUUAGCAAUGUCUGCUUUUUUCAAAGGCCAAACUUUUAUCGUUAAAUGCACAGGUACUGGAAUCCUCUAUAGAUGUGUCGACAACAACAAACACUUACCUUCCAGUCCACCUUAAGUCAAGAUCUUUCUGUUCUGUUUAUUUUGUUGUUUUUAACAGGAAAUGUGAUGAUGUACCGUUGACAAAUCUAACCUGAUUGUAAGUUGAAUUUCAGAUCAGCCUUUUAACAGUGAGCUGACUGUUUAAAAAAAAAAAAAAAAAGACUUUUAAUACAAAUGGAAUUUAAAACAAACAAAA